AUGGCUUGCAUGGCGAGACGGCCACCGUCUCUCAUUGCUUUGGGGGACGCCGAACUACAACCCUAUCUCCAGGGCAAAAUCCUACAGUCCCUGGUUUUGGAAUUGAAUAACCUCCAUCUGUAUGAUCUAGAUGAUCCGAACUACAGAGAUGCCGACGGUAAUAAUGACGGGGUCAGCCCUUCUACUAGCUCUCAUGACGAGGCCCUCGCAGCAUUCUACACCUCAGCAGGAGUAUCAUCUGGCACUGGAACCGCCUUUACCCAGGGUGCUGAAGACUCCCUCUUAACAUUGACUCAACCGACCUCGUUCCUUGCCUCUGGGAUGACGACGGAGUCCGCGUCGGCCCACCAAGCUUCUCACCCAAAUAACCCUUCCACCAGCUCUACUUCUCCUGCUACAACCGCUACCAAUCAGAAUUUGCCUUCUUUACAACCUCGUGGACGACCUUCUUCGAGUCUCAAUAUUUUUCCACGACGGCGAGUGGUAUUUGCUGCGGCUCCUCGAAUUCGUCCACGGACAAGUGCUUCUCGGAGAUGCAGACAGAAAGAAAACCACCGACAUACCAUGCAAACACUCCCAGACGUGAAAUCCUGGUUUUUCACUGCCCAUAAGCCACGUUUAUCCCUCGGCGCCAUUCCGGAUAUGACCAUGGGCAGUGUCCCACUACGGGACCUAGCUUUAGCGUCGACAAUGUCUUACGAGGCAGUUCUGGCCGCGACAAUGGUCUCGCCAUCCGCGAAAGCGGAUCCCAUACAGGAAUAUGGCACUAUUCAACCCGAGUCGGUAUUUAAUAAGCUCAGUGCGGAUCGAGAUGGCGGGUGA